AGUCCGCCCGCGCGGAUUGAUCCCCGCGUGUGCGCAGGCUCUGCUUGUCAGUCAGACUUUGAACGGAGCACUGGCGCUCAUCAACCGCUAAUCUCUGCCCGCUUCUGCUUGUCAUCAGCGACAGUUAUCACCGAGCAGCUCAGAAAUACCAGCAGCAGAUUAGGAUGAACAGUUGCUAAGACAAGGCAGGACAACCCCGAGGGCAACACCUACGAGGGAGAAAGAGAAAGAGAGAGGGAGCGGAGAUUUAAACGUUAGCUACGCCGUUUAACGUUCACGUUACUCGGGGAGUUGCGAUGGUCCAGUUGAGGGAUAUUUUCCUAGCCUUGCUUCUUGUGGGCUGCACAGUUUCUCUGGAAGUGCUGAUCACACCAAGUCAGGGUGAGAUUAGUCUUGGAGAGUCCAAAUUCUUCAUGUGUGAAGUUGUAGGUGGUGCCAAGCAUAUAGACUGGUUUGGACCACGCGGGGACAGGAUAGAACCGAACAGACCAGACAUAACGGUGACACGUAACGAUGAGUCAUCUUCCACCCUGACGCUGUAUAAAGCCGGGACUGAAAAUGCAGGGACGUACAAGUGUGUAGCUUCCAGCGGAGACGAGCAAGCGGAGUCAACCGUCAAAGUGAAAAUCUUUCAAAAAAUCACCUUCACGAAUGCACCCUCACCCCAAGAGUUUACCGAGGGAGACAACGCAAACAUCAUCUGUGACGUCAUCAGUUCACCUCCGCCCACCGUCUUCUGGAAAUAUAAAGGAGCAAAAAUCCAGCUGGAAAAAGAUGUUCGCUUUAAGGUGCUGGGAAACAAUCACCUCCAGAUCCGUGGCAUAAAGAAGACCGAUGAGGGCUCGUAUACCUGCGAGGGUCGCCUCAUGGCCCGCGGCGAGAUUGAUCUGCGGGUCAUCAAGGUCGUCGUGAACGUGCUCCCGACCAUCAGGGUAUGGCAGUCAGAGGUGAAUGCCACAGCAGAUGUCGGGCAGCCUGCCAUGUUGACUUGUGCGGUUGAUGGCUAUCCUGAACCCAUGGUGACCUGGACAAGGAACGAUGUAGUUCUGGAGGCCGGAGAGAAGUACAGCUUUAAUGAAGAUGGCUCAGAAAUGACUAUAAUGGAUGUGACCAAGCUGGAUGAAGGAGAGUACACCUGCAUCGCCAAGAACAAGGCUGGUGAAAGCGAGCAGGAGCUCAGUCUGAGAGUGUUUGUCAAACCUAAGAUCACGUACAUGGUAAACCAGAGCAGCUCGGAGAUGGAGGAGCAGGUAACUCUGACUUGCGAAGCAUCAGGAGAUCCCACUCCCACCAUCAACUGGAGCUACGGUGAACGCGUCUUCACGGAAGGAGAGCAGGCACAUCUAAACAGGAUCUAUCAGGCAUCAUGGACUCGACCCGAGCAGCACAAGAGUCUGGAUGGAAAUGUGGUGGUGAGGAGUGAUGCUCGCGUGUCCUCCCUCACUCUGAAGUAUGUCAAGUACACAGACGCCGGGCAGUACCUCUGCACAGCACGCAGUGCAAUUGGAGAGGAUGCUCAGAUGGCAUAUUUGGAAGUCCGCUAUGCUCCUAAGAUCCACGGUGCAGUGGCUGUGUACACCUGGGAGGGAAACGCCGUAAAUAUCAGUUGCGAGGUCAAGGCUCAUCCCAGUGAUGUAUCUAUUGUGUGGCUGAGAGAUGGACUGCAGCUCCCCAACUCCAACACCACCAACAUUAAAAUCUUCAGAACUCCUUUAUCCAGCUACCUUCAGAUAACACCCGAGUCCGAAAAUGACUUUGGGAGCUAUAACUGCACUGCUUCAAAUGAGAUGGGUACAGAGUCCAAGGAGUUCCUGCUCAUUCAGGCCGAGGUGCCAUCAGCUCCUUCCAUCAGCGAGGUGAGACCCUUCUCCACCACAGCACUCAUCCAGUUUGAGGAGCCCGAAUCGACCGGAGGUGUUCGCGUCCUGAAAUACAGAGCGGAGUGGAGGACUCAUGGCAGGGGCAGCUGGGUGCAGAGGAUCUACGAAGUCCAAGACGGCUCCGCCGGCGAGGUGACUAUCACCGGCCUGAAGCCAGAGACGGGCUACGAAGUGAAGUUGUCAGCGAUCAACGGGAAGGGCGAAGGUGAAAACAGCCCCGCUGAGGUCUUCAAGACGGAGCCUGUCCAAGGGAAUCCCAAUCCUCCUAAACUGCUAGGGGCACUUCAACCCAAAGGCAACUCCCUCAAAGUCAGCUGGAUCAAGCAGGACGACGGCGGCUCGCCCAUUUUACAUUAUCUUGUCCGCUAUAAGCCACUACAGGCAACAGAGUGGAAACAAGAAAUCCGGCUGCCCAGCGGCAGUGACUACGUUGUUCUCAGCGGGUUGGAGUGGGACACCGAAUACAACGUGUACGUGGUGGCAGAGAAUCAGAAGGGCAAAUCGCAGCCGGCGUCCAUGUCCUUCAGGACGUCCACAGAGCCAGAUGCCAUCCCAGAUUUGGGUGAUGAAGCGGCGCUCUCCAUGGGCAUCAUGCUCUGGGCAGGGAUCCUUGUUGUAGUAUUUGUGCUCCUGCUGCUGGCUGUGGACGUCACCUGUUACUUUGUCAACAAAUGCGGCCUCAUCAUGUGUCUCUGUGGCAAGUCCGGCACAGGGACCAAAGGACACAACUUGGAGGAGGGAAAGGCAGCUUUCAUGAAAGACGAGUCCAAAGAGCCGAUAGUAGAAGUCAGAACAGAGGACGAGUGCACAGCCAAUCAUAACGCAGCGGGGCCGACAGAACCCAACGAAACCACACCUCUCACAGAGCCAGAGCUGGCGGCUUACACUGCUGCUCUGGCACUGGACACCCUCUCCUCCGUAGCCACCAACUCUGACACAGCCACUGCAACAAUUGACCCCGGUCAGGACAGCCCCUCUAGCGAGACCACUACCCUCACUUGUAGCCUGUCCACCCCUGCCAACGACCCCUCAGAACCUUCACCCACCCCCGUCCCGGCCCCGACGCCAGAGUCGAACACCGCCCCGCCGACUCCCGUCAUCUCCACCUCCGCCGUCGAAGCUAAAAUGGCCCCGUUAGUAGAACAAAGAGGAAGUAACGUCGUAGAAGAACAGGAGAAAAAGACCACCCCGCCUUGUACGCCUGAACGGACUAGAGCUCAAAAGGCUGGGACACCGAUACCACCGAAGCGUAGACACUCUCCUAAACUCGCCGCCCUGAAUGCUAAAGGUAGCCCCCCUGUAUCUCCACUGGCUGCGUCCUCUCCCGUUCUCGAAGGCAAGAAACCAGCUCCGAGUCCACCGGUGAGCAAGCUUUCCAAUCCGCCACACGCCGUAGCCUUAGACACCGACACACCAGCACAAACUGCCUCCACUCUCUCAACCACUGCCCCUCCAAAACCAGACCCCGAUUCAAAUCCAACCGCCCCAGCUCCCAGUGGGUUUAGCCUCACUGCCUUUGACACACAUGAGAAACCAGCUGACCAAACUGUUGACGAUAACAUACCCACUGCCAAAGAAGCUACAACUAGCGCUCCUCCAGUGAUCCACGGCGCUCUAAAAGUCCCGGACGCUGAAGAAUCUGCUCCUCUAGUUGCAGAUGUCCCCUCUCCUUUACCCGUUACUCCCAUUGGCCUCGAGGCGCCGGUCUCAAACGAUUUCCUCACAUCAAUGUCAGACACAUAUGACUUACUAACCCCAGACGCGGGGCCCAAAAGAUCAAAUUUAGAGCUAGAGCUGUCAAACGGGACAGAAAGAUUCUCCGAGCCUCCCGCAGACCUCAUUAGCUUAGAGAGCCCGCCCUCUGCCCCCUCUCUGCCCAAUGGAGACGGAGCAGACCUCCCCCUCUCAGGCCCAGUUCUGGAGGCAUCAGAGACUCUGGCCAAGACUGCUCCUCCUGUCAACGAUGAGAAGAUUUUCUCUGAUGAGAAAGGCAAACUGGAGGAGGCAGAGUUAUCAAACGCCCUGACGGAGAUCGCUGCAGAACACAACAGUGUCAUACAGACAAAUACCACCGAGAGCAAAGCAUGAUGGGCCGGGGGGCGAACACCCCAGCAGCUCGAUUUGAAAACAUUUUUUGCAGCAGCAUUAAGCGAGAAACACUGCAGGAGUUUUGAUUUCCAGUGCCCUUAACUACAUAUUUAAAAAAACAAAAAAAAACAUACAACACACGCGAGUCGAUUGGUUAGAGCGCACUUUGACUGUGCUUCAUUUCUGGUUCCAUUCAUGAAAUGUUUACUACACCCGAGGAGUUUAUCUUUAGGUCAUAAGAGAUUUAUUUUAUUUUUUUAUUGUUAUUUUAUUUAACCAGUCAGGACUAUUAAGAACAACCUCUUAUUAUAUAUUGAUCGCUUGGUAAAUAUAUGAAAUUAGACUCUAUACUUUCUAUUGUGCUUAUAGUUUGAAUUGCAAUCGCGCACAAGUAUUGAAUUAUGAGAAAUGUAAAAAAAGAAAAAAGAAAAAAAAAACCUGACAAUAUAUAGAAAUUAUUUUUCUUAUUUUCAUGUUCAACUGUUCAAAUAUAAAACUUUUCUUUUUUAUUUUAUUUUUGUUUGGUCUCAUUAAAUAGCUUGUUCUGCAUGUCUGACCUGCAAGUGGUUGUAAAGUUUUUGUUUACAAGGUUCAUGUUCUCACUUCAUGUCCGUUACAGGGAGGCGUCAUCUCUCACAGAUACGCUGGCACCGAUCAAACACAGGCCCGAGUUCAAUGUUUGGAUCAUAACCAUAUUUGUUAUGGUUGUUAAAAAUAAAUAAAUAAAUAAACAAACAUGCAGGAUUAACCCACAGCCAGCUGCAGGGGGAAAGAGAGUCACACGACAGUCGUCAGUGUGCACGAUCAGAUCCAAUUUGGCUCAUUUUAUGAUCAGUCUGUCACUGCCUUACCACAGCGUUAGUUCAAAAUGUUCAUUAAUAAACUGAAUUUGAUUUGAGGGGAGAAAAAAAAAAGAAAAAAGAAAAGGCAACUCACUGAACACA